AUGCAUUACAGAAGGCCUUUCUUCUCUCGUCUUCUCGUGACUAGGCCCGUGCAUCUGACUAAUCCAUCUGAUGCGGAAGGUGAAGUCAAGGAGCUCGUCAUCGUUCGGCCCAACCUUCUCACAGUCAUGGGAGGAGGACCAGCGAAAGAGCAUCUGCUCUGCGUGUUACCACAACCCGAGCCAACGGAGAUCCUUAAAACACUACGAAAGAAGUUCCCACAUAUCGACAUAGAGUACAAGCAAGUCAGCUUCACUCACGACAAGGAUAAGCUACGCGAAGAGCUGCCCUCCAAGAUCUGGCGAGAUGUAACAAUAUUAUACACACUAUUCGCGUUUCCGGAGAAGCUAUCAGAUGCGCCCAAUUUACGUCUCGUACAACUGGCAAGUGCCGGCAGCAACCAGUUACAAGAUCAUCCCAUAUACACUGAUAGCGAUAUCACCAUCACAACAUCGUCAGGCAUCCACGGCCCUCAGAUAGCCGAAUGGUGCGUCAUGACAGCUCUAGUACAAAGCCAUAAGUACAAUACCCUUCAUGACCUUCAGAAAGAGCACCAGUGGGGUCAGACUAAGGGCGACUUUCAUACGGUGCGUGACAUGGUAGGGCGGCGGCUAGGUGUCCUGGGGUAUGGUAGCAUUGGUAGGCAAGUCGGAAGAGUUGCGAAAGCACUUGGUAUGGAUGUCAUUGCAUAUACUGCCUCCCCGAAGGAUACAGCAGAGAAGAAGAAGGACCAAGGAUUCAUCGUGCCACACACUGGCGACCCAGAUGGCGACAUACCUUCGGCGUGGUACUCAGGCCUAGACAAGAAGAGUCUGCGACAUUUCCUGGCCCAAAACAUAGACUGGCUUAUCGUGUCCGUGCCCUUGACAGAUCAAACAAGACACUUCUUGUCUACUCCAGAAUUCAAGGCACUGAGCCAGGACGGCAAGAGUCCAGCUUUCGUGCAGAAUAUCGCUCGUGGCCCGAUCAUCGAUCAGCCAGCGCUGAUCCAGGCGCUCAAAGACGGCACAGUCGCAAGCGCAGCGCUGGACGUGACAGAUCCGGAACCAUUACCCGAGGAUAGCGAGCUAUGGGAUAUGAAGAACGUUACUAUUACACCACAUGUCAGCGGCACAGGCGCAGCAUACGAGGAGCGAUCCUUCAAGCUCUUUCAGACAAAUCUUGAUAGGAGAGAAAAGGGCGAGAAGCUGCUGAAUGUUGUGCGGAGAGAUAGAGGCUACUGA